UUUGAAUGGGUUUAUAUAAACACUCACCCCUGGCAGCGUGCGGCUGGGCUCCCAGGAUAAACUCCAGGCGUCUGGCCUGAUGCUUGCCUUGCCGUGUUCUCUCCCUUGAACGUCAAGGUUUAAGCAGAGCCCGAGGACUGGGAACUCUUCUCCGAAAUUGGAUCAACCUGAAGCCAGUUGCGGAACUGCACAGGGUCCCCAUGGACCUCAAGGAGAGCCCCAGCGAGGGCAGCCUGCAGCCCUCUAGCAUCCACAUCUUCGCCAACACCUCCACCCUCCACGGCAUCCGCCACAUCUUCGUGUAUGGGCCGAUGACCAUCCGGCGUGUGCUCUGGGCCGUGGCCUUCGUGGGCUCCCUGGGCCUGCUGCUGGUGGAGAGCUCUGAGAGAGUGUCCUACUACCUCUCCUACCAGCACGUCACCAAGGUGGAUGAGGUGGUGGCCCAAAGCCUGGUCUUCCCAGCCGUGACCCUCUGCAACCUCAACGGCUUCCGGUUCUCCAGGCUGACCACCAAUGACCUGUACCACGCCGGGGAGCUGCUGGCCCUGCUCGACGUCAACCUGCAGAUCCCAGACCCGCACCUGGCAGACCCCACGGUCCUGGAGGCCCUGCGGCAGAAGGCCAACUUCAAACACUACAAACCCAAGCAGUUCAGCAUGCUGGAGUUCCUGCAUCGCGUGGGCCACGACCUGAAGGAUAUGAUGCUCUACUGCAAGUUCAAAGGGCAGGAGUGCGGCCACCAGGACUUCACCACCGUGAGUCGGAAGCAAAGAGAUGUCCAGGGUGCUUGGGCCCAAGAGGAGCGUGUCCACUGCCUGCUGGCCUCUUGCUUUGAGUUUCUGCCGUAA